GAGCUGAGAGGAAGGAUCAUUCUGAAGGGGAAGCGGGCAGAGAGCCUGGCACACUCGCCGAGCGGGCAGCCAGAUGAGGCCCCGGAGGGGGAGGCGUCCGAGGAUGAUGAUGGGCUGGAGGCAGAGGAAGAGAGCCUGAGCCAGGAGGCCAAGAGGAAGGCCAAGAAGUCCCAGGCCAAGGAGCUGUCUGACUGCAUCGUCUACUGCCACAGCGUCCCCUUCCGCGGCUUCCAGCUGGCGCUCACCCGCCGCCGGCCCUACGAGACGGCCUCCCUGCCCGAGGCCAAGGCCAGGAAGCUGAUCAAAGAGGCGGGGAACGAGUUUGUCCGUCACACCGCCCGGCAGCUGACGCGGAUCUACCCCAGCGGGCUGAGGACCGACUCCUCCAACUAUGACCCGCAGGAGAUGUGGAACGUGGGCUGCCAGCUCGUGGCCCUGAACGUGCAGACGGCCGGGGUGGAGAUGGAUCUGUGCGACGGGCUCUUCCGGCAGAACGCCCGCUGCGGCUACUUGCUGAAGCCGGCUUUCCUGAGGGAUGUGGGAACCGCCUUCGACCCCAACAAUCCCCGGAGCAGGGCCGGGGGCGGCCCGUGGAGCCUGGCGAUUCAGGUCAUCAGCGGGCAGCAGCUCCCCAAGGUGGCUGGCAGCAAGGUGAGUGCCAUCGUCGACCCCCUGGUGCGCGUGGAGAUCCAUGGUGUCCCCACCGACAAGGCCAGGCAGGAGACCCAGGCCGUCAAUAACAACGGCUUUAACCCCCGCUGGGGCGAGACGCUGCGAUUCAAGGUGCACGUCCCCGAACUGGCCCUCGUGCGCUUCGUGGUGGAGGACUAUGACAAGGCGUCCAGGAACGACUUUGUGGGCCAGUUCACCCUGCCCUUCGCUAGCAUCAAAUCAGGUUAUCGUCACGUCCACCUCCUGUCCAAGGACGGCACAGCCAUCCCGCCUUCCUCGCUCUUCGUUCACGUCCAAAUCACGGAGCUUCCCUACCCCAAGUAGCAGCCAAGUGGGUCACACCAGCCCCCUGUACCAGCCGUUAACAGCCCUGUCCCGAUAGCUGCUGGAGAGACGCUGCCCGGCCUUGCCCUGCCCACUUCCUGGCCGAGGCAGCUUUGCACGACGCUUUUCUUUUGAACCUGCCUGUAGGCGUUUGGGCUGCUGCUAUUUGGUGCCCUAUGGUUUACCCAGAUCUCAGCCGGGCUGGGAGGCAGGUGACUGCCCCUCGCCAUGUGGCUCCAACCUGGCAUCUUGCGCCCCUCCCCGUCCUUGGGCUGCGAGCAUGAUCAAGGCCGAGCUGCCAGGUGGGGUGCUUCAGGGGGUUUUGCACGUCCCGGCCAGUAGCAGCCGGUUUAUUCACUAUCCUCGAGGGGGCUCAGGCCCAGCUGGGUGGCUAGAAUCAGGCCGGCUCUACUGCCCCUCGCUGGGUUGGACAGCGGUGCCCCCAAUUGCCCACAGUGAGCGGCCUCACGGUGUUUGGCUUGCAGUAGCACCACUCGGAGCGGGGCUACGGCCCAGAACUACGUCUCUGCCCCACUACUUCCAAGGGGAGUAAAGGACAAGAUCCAUGUGAGGACAGGCUGGUCAGCCUGCUGGGCAGGGUCAGCGCCCCAGCUGCCUCCCAGGGCUGUGUGGGGCUGGGGGCUGAUGGAGGGAGCUGGGUGGCCGUCUACAGGCAGCUUCUCCCCAGCAUAACGGGCAGCCCCAGAAAGCACUGAAGUGCCCACUGGACACUGUAACCCCUGAGCACCACCCACCAGCCGGAGCCAGGAGCCACCGGUCCCCAUAGGCCCCAGAAGCUGCAAUGGGAGUAGCUGGUGCCUGGCUCAGCCCUUGCAGGGGCUCUCGGCCCAGCGGCAAGGCCCCUCGUCAGGUGCUCCAGGAAG